UUGUUUUCUCUGAAAGGAGGUUGGAGGUUCACAGUUUCACAUUUGGGAGAAUGUUUUUUGCAGAGAUGGGAAUAACCACCAAGUCAUCCAUCACUGCCCUAGUUUCUUUCUUCUUUUUGUUCUCUCUCAAAGCCUAUCACUCCGUUGCGGUGGACAGAAUCAUUCCCGGCCAAUCUCUCACAGGAAACCAGACCAUAAUCUCUAAAGGUGGUAUCUUUGAAUUGGGUUUCUUCACUCCAGGUAAGUCUCGAAACUACUACAUUGGUGUCUGGUACAAACAAAUCCCAUCUCAAACCGUUGUUUGGGUGGCCAACAGAGAUAAUCCCCUACCCAGUCCUUCCUCAGAAUUUAAGCUCUCUGAAGAUGGGAAUCUAGUCCUUCUCGACAACUCCAAAAUCCCAAUCUGGUCAACAAAGUUGAGCUCAAGCGCUAGCAGCCUAAAUUCUUCUGUAGCAGUUCUCCUUGACACCGGAAAUCUUGUCUUGAGACGGGCUUCGACUUUGUCUCGUGAAUGGCAGAGCUUUGAACAUCCGACGGAUACAUGGCUGCCUGGGGGAAGGUUGGGCAUGAAUAAAAUCACUAGGGAAGUCCAACGCCUUGUUUCAUGGAAAAGCGUGGAAGAUCCUUCUCCUGGAAUCUUUUCUCUUGAGAUAGACGAAAAUGGAAGUAGCCAGUAUUACUUAGUUUCAAAAGAAUCAUAUAGAUACUGGAAUAGUGGUCUAUGGACUGGGCGGAUUUUUACCUCAAUCCCUGAAAUGACUUCGAGCUAUUUCUAUAGUUUCAGCUAUGUGUCCGAUGCAAAAGAGAACUAUUUCACUUAUACAGUCAAGGAUCCUUCUGUUCUUUCAAGGUUUGUGAUAGAUUUAUCAGGGCAAAUUAGGCAAUAUACUUGGGUGAAUACCAGCCAGCAAUGGCUAUUGCUCUGGUCUCGUCCAAAUGAUCGGUGCGAUGCUUACUCACUUUGUGGGCCUUUUGGUAGCUGCAAUCCUAGAAGCUUGGCCUUCUGCGACUGCUUGCAAGGUUUCGAACCAAGGCGUCCCAUGGACUGGAAUUUGAGUGAUUGGUCCGGCGGUUGCAUGAGGAAAACCCCUCUGCUAUGUGAAACUAAUAAUUCUGUCAACACAGAGGAAGAUGGAUUCUUGAUGAUGAGAGAUAUGCAUUUCCCGACAAAUUCAGAGAAGUUGUCAGUGGCCAGUGCUGAAAAUUGUGAAUCAGCUUGCUUGAGCAAUUGUUCUUGUUCUGCUUAUUCCUACUACAGCAGUGGAUGUUUCAUAUGGAUUGGAGGCCUAUGGAAUUUGAACCAACUCUUGGAUGGUGAUACCCAUGGAGUAAAUGUUUAUCUCCGACUUUCGGCCUCUGAGCUGCCUAGUUCUGAAACUAAGAAGAAAAAAUCAGUUUUUGUAGUUAUCAUGGGUAUAGUUGCAGCAACUUUAGCACUCCUAUGUAUAACUUCCUUGUUAAUACGUAGGUUCCGGAGGAUAUUGUUCCCAAGUUCUUUGAAUGUGACACAGGGCACGCUGGUGACAUUUCGGUAUAGAGAACUACAGAUUGCGACCAAGAACUUUUCUGAACCGUUGGGAAGAGGAGGUUUUGGUUGUGUUUUCAGAGGAACACUGCCUGACUCGAGUGCAAUUGCUGUUAAGAAACUUGAAGGAAUCAGACAAGGAGAAAAGCAAUUCCGAACAGAAGUGAGCACGGUCGGUUCAGUCCAGCAUGUUAAUUUGAUUCGACUUCGUGGGUUUUGCUCUGAAGGUACUAACAGGCUGCUGGUUUAUGAUUAUGCACCCAACGGUUCUCUAGAAACUCAUCUAUUCCAGAAGGAUUCCAAGAUGUUAGACUGGAAGACGAGAUACAGAAUUGCACUGGGGACAGCAAGAGGAUUGGAGUACCUCCAUGAGAAAUGUAGGGGAUGCAUCAUACACUGUGACAUCAAGCCGGAAAAUGUACUAUUGGAUGCUGAAUUCUAUCCCAAAGUGGCAGAUUUUGGCCUGGCCAAGCUUCUCAGUCGAGAUUUCAGCCGUGUUCUUACAACGAUUAGAGGGACCAGAGGCUAUCUUGCACCAGAAUGGCUUUCGGGCCUAGCCAUCACACCAAAAGCUGAUGUCUACAGCUAUGGGAUGAUGCUCUUUGAGAUAAUCUCAGGCAGGAGAAACCUAGGGAAAGCUGAAGAUGGAAUGGGUAGUGAGUUCUUUCCUACACAGGUUGCAACCAAAAUUAACAGGGGUGAAGAAGUGAUUGAUCUAUUAGAUUACAGGUUGGAGGGUAAUGUUGACACAGAAGAGCUCAGUAGAGCUUGUAGAGUUGCAUGUUGGUGCAUUCAAGAUGAUGAAUGCGAAAGGCCAUCAAUGGGACAGGUUGUUCAGAUGCUGGAGGGAGUCUUAGAAGUGAGCAUGCCUCCAGUACCACGGUAUCUACAGACUCUUGUGGAGAAUCAAGUGCAUUAUGAGGUAUAUGGGGAGUCGUCUUCCCGGUUUAUUACAUAGUUUGCUUGACAUAACAUCUAUUUUGUUAGGUAGGUCAAGAACACGCUACCUUCACCUUUGCUUAUUACCUGAGGAUGAAAUUCUCGAUCCAUCCAUUUGCAUACGGUUGAAUCUACGUACUCAUGUGUUUCUUCUCUUGGAGGUCUCUAGUUUUAGUAUAUGCAGUAAAGCUUCUGUCUAGUUCACUCUUGUAUCAUAGAUUUGUAGUCUUAACAGUAUCCCCCAAUGUUGGAAUUGCACAGCGGAAAUAAUGUAAUUAUAAA